CCUUUAGUCAAUUUUCACACCUGACAUUAACAUAGUGGACUACUAAUUUUGGACAACGUUUGUGAUAAGUUUUUGAUUUUUUGUGAAAAUUAAUAAUAAAAAUUCAUAAUGUUCCUUAAAGCAGUGCUGGUCUUGUCCCUUUUGGCAGUGAUGACAAAUUGCCAAAACGAGGCCAAUAACAGAACACUGAUAGACAGAGGAUUCAUGUUUAGACAAGGAGAAGAAUUGAAUGGUUAUUGCCAAAAAACCACUGAUUGCAGAGACUUCGCCUACGACUGCAUUUUAGACCAGUGCGAGUGCAGGAUGAGAUACAUGAUCGAACCGAAAGAAGGAAAAACUUGCGUUGGAGCCGUAACUCAACAAUGUUACUACGAUAUCCAUUGCAUAGAAAACGCAUACUGUCACGACCAAAGAGAAUGCAGAUGCAAACCUGAAUUUCCUGUCGUUGAAGAAGAUGGAUUCAAAUGUUCAGGUGCUGCAAUGAUGGGCGCAUCAGGAGUCAUCAUCAGCUUUUUGAUGACAGCAUACAAAUUGUUGUAAAAUUAGAAAAAACUACACACUCAUGUAUUUGUACACUCAGUAUUAGCAAUAAACAAUAAAUAACAA